AUGACUGCCCAUUCCUUCCCCCGGAAGCUUUGGGAGCAUUCCCACCCCGAGUCCACCAGCAUGGGCCGCUUCCACCGAGCCUGGGAGCAAGAACUGGGCCGGUCAAUGCCAACCUUUCACGACCUCUACCAUCAUUCCAUCACCCAUCGCGCCGCAUUCUGGGACUUCUGUUGGCGAUACUUCAACAUCCUGCACCAAGGCACCUACACCUCUGUCGUCGACGAGUCCGCCCGGAUCGAUACCAUUCCGCAUUGGUUCCAAGGCAUCCAACUCAAUUAUGCCGAGAACAUCCUCUUCUCCGGUUAUGGGUCGGUCGCCAGCACCGUCGGCAAGGAAGACGACAAGGUCGCCGUCACCGAGGUGCGCGAGGGAGGCCACAAGGAGGCCAGCCAUAUCACCUGGGGGAAGCUACGCCGACGCACCGGUCGUCUAGUGCAGGCGAUGAAGGCGCACGGGGUGAGGAAAGGCGACCGCAUCGCCGCCUGCGCCAGCAACAGUCUCGACACGCUGCUCGUCUUCCUGGCGACCACCGCGCUGGGCGGGAUCUUCUCCUCCAGCUCCACCGACAUGGGCGUCAAGGGGAUCCUCGAUCGACUGCGACAGAUCAAGCCCCGCUGGUUGUUCAUGGACGACCAGGCGUUCUACAACGGCAAGGCCCUUGACCUCCGACCGAAGAUGCGGGAGAUCGUGGAGGGCAUGCAAGGGAUCCCCGAGUUCAGCGGCAUAGUCGCGCAGCCCCGAUUCGUCUCGCACCCAGCCGAUGUCAGUUCUCUGGCGCGAACGCUCCCCCUCGCCGUGUGGGAGGGGCUUGCGAUCGGGGACACUCUCGUCUUCGAGCAAGUCGAGUUCCGAGAUCCCUUCCUCAUUGUCUACUCGUCCGGCACCACGGGCCAGCCGAAAUGCAUCAUGCACUCGGUCGGAGGCGUGCUGUUGAAUGCGUACAAAGAGCUCGUCCUGCACCACGAGAUGGAUGCAGAGAGCGUGGGCCUGCAGUAUACCACCACCGGCUGGAUUAUGUAUAUCUCCAUGAUCAACACUUUGCUUUUCGGGGGUCGGACCAUUCUCUACGACGGGAGCCCUUUCCUGCCGGAGGUAGCGACGCUGAUCCGACUGGUGGAACAGGAGCGGGUAACCCAUCUCGGAAUCUCCCCCCGAUACCUGCUGGAACUGCAGCGCGCGCAAGUCCGACCCCGCGACAUUGCCGACAUAUCCUCGCUGAAGCUCGUAACCAGCACCGGGAUGGUCCUGCCGGAAGCCCUGUUUGAAUGGUUCUACGACUCCGGCUUUCCCCGUCCUGUUCGACUCAACAACAUCUCCGGCGGCACCGACAUCGCGGGAUGCUUUGGGGUGUCGAAUCCCCUGCUCCCUGUCUACGCCGGGGGGUGUGCUGGGAUGAGUCUCGGCGUAGCGGUAGAGGUCUACGACUCGACCAUCGAAGGAGAGAACGUGGCCGGCGUCCCGGUGCCGCUGGGCACAGCAGGCGAUCUAGUGGCCACGAAAGCAUUUCCCAACGUGCCUAUUGGAUUCUGGGGGCCAGACGGCGCCGAACGGUUCCAUAACGCUUACUUCAACCGCUUCAAGGGUGUCUGGACGCACGGGGACUUUGUUUCCAUCCACCCGGGGACACGACAACUGCUCUUCCACGGCCGCGCCGAUGGGGUGCUUAACCCCUCCGGCGUGCGGUUUGGGUCAGCGGAGAUCUACCAGGUGAUCGAGGACGAGUUCGCCGCUGAAGUGGUCGACUCGAUCUGUGUCGGCCAACGCCGGCCGUCCGAUCCGGACGAGCGAGUCAUCUUGUUCCUCCUCCUGAAGCCAGGGGUGGAGUGUACGCAGGACCUGGUCCAGCGGAUCAAGGCCGCCAUCCGGCAGAAGCUGAGUCCACGCCACGUGCCAGCGUUCAUCUUUCCGACGCCUGAGAUCCCGACAACGGUGAACGGGAAGAAGGUGGAGCUGCCUGUUAAACAGAUUGUCUCCGGCAAGGUCAUCAAGCCGUCCGGGACAUUGCUGAAUCCUCAAAGCCUGGAUUAUUAUUAUAGAUUUGCAAAAGACGAUGCGCUCGAGGGGGGGAAGAGGGGGAGCAAGCUGUAA